CCCCUGCUCCCUCAACACCCUGCACGUCGGAGGUACCAUAAGAACAUGUCAGAAAUUCCUGAUUCAGUAUAACAGAACACAGCUGCUGAGGUUGUUGCAAAACUGUACAAAUGAAGAGGAAAGACAGUGCAUACAGAAGUCCUUGUUGAGCUGUUCCCUUACAGAAGAGCAGUCAGAAAGUGGAGAUGAGGAGGAUGAUGAUGGCACAGAGACAGACUGAAUGUCACUUAUUACUGUUCACCUCUAUUCUGUACUUGUUUACUCAAGAUGUGACUGAUUAUCUUCAGUGUUAAGCAGUGCAGGGGACUGGAAAAGCAUUUAUUCAUAUUUAGAGUUCAUUCCCCCUUCCAAAUGUUUUUAAAUUUAAAAAAAAUAAAACAUUAUUUCACUUAA